AUGAUUAUGAAUCCGUGCUUCCGAGAACGGUCUCAAAAGCGGACGAAAAAGCGGCCGAAACCGCGAACCAAGUCUCGGAGCACAAUGUACCUGUCUAGGGUUGGUGAUUCAUCACCCGCAAUGUCACGGAGUCUACCAUCUGUCGCAUUACCGAUGCACUAUUUGCAUCACAAAUUGGCAGAGAGCAUCUGCUUUAUCACGGCUACCAUCGACUCAUUAGAAGACUUGGUAGCAUGUAGCUCGAUGAACUCGGUGAACAAUACACACGACAUGAAUACAGUAUCCUCAUCGUCUUCCUCAUCGGCACCGCUCUUCGUGGCACUCUACGAUUUCCAUGGAGUCGGUGAAGAGCAGCUUUCAUUGAGAAAGGGUGAUCAGGUGCGAAUUCUGGGAUACAACAAAAACAAUGAGUGGUGUGAAGCGCGGCUAUAUUCGACAAGGAAAAACGACGCGAGCAGUCAACGACGUCUAGGAGAGAUUGGAUGGGUUCCAAGCAAUUUCAUAGCUCCAUACAACUCUCUGGAUAAGUACACGUGGUAUCAUGGGAAGAUAUCCAGAAGUGAUUCGGAAGCAGUUCUCGGCAGUGGGAUCACCGGAUCGUUUUUGGUUCGAGAAAGUGAAACCAGUAUUGGACAGUAUACCAUCUCGGUUCGACAUGAUGGUCGGGUGUUUCAUUAUCGGAUAAACGUGGAUAACACGGAAAGGAUGUUCAUCACGCAGGAAGUCAAAUUCCGCACACUUGGCGAGUUGGUGCAUCAUCAUAGUGUUCAUGCCGACGGACUAAUAUGUACUUUGAUGUAUCCGGCGAGUAAGAAGGACAAGACACGGGGACUGUUUUCGUUGUCACCAAAUGCGCCGGAUGAAUGGGAACUGGAUAGAUCGGAAAUCAUCAUGCAUAACAAAUUGGGUGGCGGACAGUAUGGAGAUGUGUACGAGGGCUAUUGGAAGCGACAUGAUUGCACAAUUGCGGUGAAGGCGUUGAAAGAGGAUGCGAUGCCGUUGCAUGAGUUUUUGGCAGAAGCGGCGAUUAUGAAGGAUUUGCAUCAUAAAAAUCUGGUCCGUCUCCUCGGCGUUUGCACCCAUGAAGCUCCAUUCUACAUCAUCACCGAAUUUAUGUGCAAUGGAAAUUUGCUCGAGUACUUAAGAAGAACCGAUAAAACACUUCUUCCACCGAUCAUUCUGGUCAAGAUGGCCAGUCAGAUCGCCUCGGGAAUGUCAUACCUAGAAGCAAGGCAUUUUAUACAUCGGGACUUAGCCGCUAGGAAUUGUCUUGUGUCUGAGCACAACAUUGUGAAGAUUGCUGAUUUCGGGUUAGCUCGAUUUAUGAAAGAAGACACGUAUACUGCACACGCCGGAGCAAAAUUCCCUAUCAAAUGGACAGCUCCAGAAGGCUUGGCAUUCAACACGUUCAGCUCAAAGUCAGAUGUAUGGGCGUUUGGAGUACUACUCUGGGAGAUCGCCACUUAUGGAAUGGCUCCAUAUCCGGGAGUUGAAUUGUCAAACGUUUAUAGUCUACUUGAACACGGGUUCCGAAUGGAUGGACCACAAGGAUGUCCACCGUCGGUGUAUAGGCUCAUGUUGCAAUGCUGGAAUUGGUCACCAUCCGAUCGUCCACGCUUCCGCGAUAUUCAUUAUAACUUGGAGACACUAAUCACAACGAAUUCGUUUGAAGAAGACGUCCAGAAACAAUUGAAAAAGAGCAGUGAGAAGAAAUUGGAGUCAGAACGAAGAAGAUCGUCGCAUGUUAGAGAAAGGAGUGAUUCAAAAACGAGACAUUCUUCACAUCAUGAUAGAGAUCGCGAUCGAGAAUCUCUCCACUCCCGUAAUUCCAACCCAGAGCUCGCUAAUAAGAAUUUCAUGCGGAAUGAUGACGGUGGAAUGUUCUUCAAUCAACCAUCCAGCGGUAGCAAAGUGACAUCGUUCCGCUCCCAAGUACCAUAUCCAGCACCUCCACAACAGAGUGCUAAGCCGAAACUUCUGAAGUCAGUUCUAAGUAGUAAUGCUCGUCACGCAUCGGAGGAGUUUGAUAGGAAUGAACAGGAUGAUAUUGUUCCGUUGGCUGAGAAGAAUGUGAGGAAAGCGGUCACACGCCUAGGUGGAACCAUGCCGAAGGGGCAAAGGAUAGAUGCGUAUUUGGACUCGAUGAGACGAGUGGAUAGUUGGAAAGAAAGCACCGAUGCUGAUAACGAGGGAGCCGGAUCAUCUUCUAUGAGUCGUACAGUGUCCAACGAUUCUCUGGACACACUGCCACUUCCAGACUCCAUGACUUCUAGCACCUACGGAAAAAUGCAUCCGGUAGUUGGAGAAAACGUGUUCUUACGACAAAUUCGUUCUAAACUGAAAAAGCGUGGUGAGACGCCAGAAUUGGAUCAUAUUGAUUCGGAUACUGCUGAUGAAACCAACAAAUCGGACAAAACAUCGCCAUUUGGGUCGCUCAACAAGUCAUCUGUCAAAUAUUCCCUUAAAAAUGGAUCAGAUUUCAACAACAGGCACUCGAGAGCCAGUCCGGUCCCUGUACCAGUACCCCCAUCACGUAACGCGUCGGUCAGUGUCAAAGUUGAAUCCAAAGCUGAAGAUUCGUCAGACGAAACAACAAAAGAUGGCAUGUGGGGUCCCAAGCAUGCGGUGACCCGGAAAAUCGAAAUCGUAAAAGCCGACUCCUACCAAAAUGUAGAAGGCGAACUAAAAGCAAAAAUCCGCAACUUGCGUCAUGUGCCAAAGGAGGAAAAUCACGACGACUCCCCGUUAGAUGCCACAGAUACCACUAACGAUAGUGCAAUUGCGUUGCCACCAAACGAAAAAGCUCGAGUUCGACAGUUGGUAACUCAAAAAGUGUCACCACUCCAACAUCAUCGUCCCUUCUCACUUCAAUGCCCAAAUAACUCUACAAGUUCGGCUCUAUCUCAUUCAGAGCACGCGGAUAGUUCAGAAACGUCGUCUCUUUCUGAGAUACAGGAGGAGAAAAUGAAGUCAGAACUGGCUAGAAAAAGUAAUGGAGAGACCAAAGUGGUGCCAGUCACUUGGAUGAUCAAUGGAGGGGAUAAAGAAAGAGAGUCGAAUAGGAUGUCACGGACGAAGUCGUUACGGGACAUUACCACCAAAUUUGAGCAGCUCGGGACCCCAUCGUCGGCUGUGGAGAGUAAAAUUGAAGAAGCUCCAUAUCGGGAACAUGCUCUUGAAAAGAAAGGUGGAUCCACGAAGAGAUUCUCAAUGAUGGAAGGAAAUGGUGAACUGAAGCAUGUGGUGCCGUCACGCAAGAACCGGAAUCUGGAAGAGUCUGGCUCUAUUGAGGAAGAGCCUGUUAGCAAGGAUAUCAUUGUAUCUCUACUCCGCGUCAUUCAAAAGGAUUUUGUGAAUUUGUCAAAUCUGGCGAGCUCCGAGCUCACUGAUGAGAAACUUCAGCAGUUUGUGAUAAUGGCAGACAAUGUGCAAAAGCUCCAUGGCACGUGCUCCGUCUACGCAGAGCAAAUUUCACCGCAUAGCAAGUUCCGUUUCAAGGAACUCCUAUCUCAAUUAGAGACCUACAAUCGUCAAAUAAAGUUUUCACACAAUCCAAAAGCAAAACCAGUUGAUGGAAAAUUGGUGAUGGCGUUCCAAGACUGUUUCGAUCAAAUCAUGCGUCUUGUGGAUCGAUGA